CUUUUCUCUUUUAGGGUAUUAGAAAUGGCUACUCCCCAGUCAGUUUUCAUCUUUGCAAUCUGCAUUUUAAUGAUAACGGAAUUAAUUUUGGCCUCAAAAAGCUACUAUGAUAUCUUAGGUCUGCCCAAAUCGGCAUCAGAGCGCCAGAUCAAGAAGGCCUUUCACAAGUUGGCCAUGAAGUACCAUCCUGACAAAAAUAAGAGCCCCGAUGCUGAAGCGAAAUUCAGAGAGAUUGCGGAAGCCUACGAAACACUCUCAGAUGCUAACAGGCGAGAAGAGUAUGACACUCUUGGACACAGUGCAUUCACUAAUGGGAAAGGCCAAGGACGUGGUGGGAGUCCUUUUGAGCAGUCAUUUAACUUCAAUUUCGAUGACUUAUUCAAAGACUUUGGUUUUUUUGGUCAAAACCAAAAUACUCGGUCCAAGAAGCAUUUUGAAAAUCCCUUCCAUUCACGCCAGGAUGGUUCUAGUAGACAGAGGCACCAUUUCCAGGAAUUUUCUUUCGGAGGUGGACUGUUUGAUGACAUGUUUGAAGAUAUGGAGAAAAUGUUUUCUUUCAGUGGUUUUGACCCCACUGGUCGGCACACAGUACAGACUGAGAAUAGAUUCCAUGGAUCUAGCAAGCACUGCAGGACUGUCACUCAGCGCAGAGGAAACAUGGUCACUACAUACACUGACUGUUCAGGACAGUAGUUCAUUCUCUCUGUUCUCACCAAACCCAACCAGUUGACUGUUCUUCAGUAUCCAUGAUGCAGAACAGUUUUCUGUGAACUGUUUUGACAAGUGCAUGAUUUCACUUAACUUGAUAUAGCUGUUAAGUAUAUUUAAAUUGUUUUUGACAAAUUAAGCAACGUUCAUUCAGUUAGUAGAGAAAUAACCAAUUAUUAAUUUCUCUGAUUAGGAAAGGCUCUUGAAAAAUUCCACCUGGUCUUUUUUCUCCACCUGCCCUUGGGCUUAUUAAUGUGGCCAAUUUUAUUACCAAGAAAAGAAUGAGUUUGCCUGAUACCUAUUUAGAGGUUAAACUUUUAAAUUUAUUUUAGGUUUAAAUUGUAUGAACUUGAGUGAUUUUGCAGUGGAAACUUUGCUAACUUAAAAUUGCAUGCUCCAUAGCAUCGCUGACUUGGGUGGUUAGGUGUAUGUGGAACUGUACAAAGAGUCGUUCUGCAGAGGACAGCAGUUCCUUGGUAAAUUUCCAUGGGAAGCUUCAGAAAGGCGUGGCUUAGUAUUUCCCACAGAGCCCUGCCUUCCUUCAGUCCAGCUGAAGUAAAGAAAAUGACUGUAUUGUUCAUGGUUAUGCAGAAAGAAAGUUGAAAACUUCUGUAAUGUUGCCAAGAGAUUGUUACAUAUUUGGCCCCUGGCUAAUGAUUUUGUGAUGUUGGAAUCAUAGCUACUUCACAUACCUUUCACAUUUUUCUAAUUGUUGGCUCUCUAUGUCUUACUUUGGAUUUAUGUGUUUUGUGUGUGGUUCUUCUUUGCACUCAUCUUUAUCUAGAAAUUGACUAAUACCUCAUUCUGUUUGUAAAAACAGUAAUUUCUGCGCAACCUUAUUAUGUGCAAUAUUUUUAAAUCCUAAGAAAUGUGUGCUUUUGUUUUCAGAUAGACUUUAGUUCCGCACUUUCCCAUGUUAUACUCCAUAUGAGUAUUAAUCCUAUGGAUACAUAUCAAAAGUAGUGAAUGUCUCAUGCAACAUUGUGUGUGAGUGAGAAAAAUAUAAUAUUUACAAUAUGA